CGCAAAUCACCUCAGCAAGGCCGCUUGGUUUUUCAAAUGAUGCUUGUGCGCAAUGCUGUCUUCAUCGCAGUAUCUAUGGAGAAAUUUGAUUUCUCACGACAGCGGACAGAGGGUUUACUUCAUAUUCCGCAAAUCGCAUGACCACAACCCCCAGAAAUAUGUCCAGUUUAGUUCAUCGAACUUUUCGCGCAAAGUAAAGCUGGCACGGAGAGUUUCAUAGUUUCUGGCACGCUGAAGAGAUGCAAGAGAAGUCCACAAAACCCUUUCUUCGUAUUUAUGGUAGCGUGAUGAAAAUGGUUACGUUCAGCAAGGAAUCCUCGCAAUGACCCAUUUAUGAGCCCCGAGCCGAAGAUGGGAGACCUACCCGCAGUUCAACGCCGGCGUCAUAGCACGGACAAGCGUGAAUGGAAGAAACUCGUCGAAAUUCAGCAACACCUUCUGCUGACGUCGUCGCGGUCUCGACGUACCUCGUCGGCUAGUUCAUCGAAAACCCCAAGCAGCGACUGGAAGCCAGAAGCACAAACAGCCACCAAAGAGGAAAAAAAUAUUCCGCGCGCCGACGUUGCUACAGUGUUACCUCAGCCUUGCAGCAGUGCGCCGGCUUUGCUGGGCGAGCAGAGAAUUCUAUUGCAUACAGCAGAAGUGCUAGAAACGCUCAGUAUCCUCCUGCAAUCGGACUCGUCUGCUUCGAGCAACUCACACGCUAGCGAGCCAAGUGUACACCAGAGAUGUGGCUACAGGGAAAAUCUCAAAGCCCUUCACGAGCGCACCAGAGCCCUCAUGAACGAGCGUCGCCUCGCUGUCUUACGCAGGGAAUGUGUUCGUCAGGUGCACAUCGCCCGAAAGCUGCACGACGAAAUUCGAAGCGCCGCCCUUUCAGCUGCGGCACAAGUGACGGAGCUGCUUCCAGUAAAUGGGUGUCCAAUCCUGGGACGGGACAUCUGCGAUGCAUCCUACAGGCAGCGUGUGGCCGUGCUCGAGAAUCUGCGUCUCUUGUUCCGUGCCUGGCCAGCGUUGCUUCGUUGUGUGGGACACACAUUCGCCACACAAACAGACGGGAGUGGAGCGCAAGCACCCUACUGUUGGCAGGGAUCUCUGGACGCACAACUGCGGACAGCGCGUGCUUCCCUCAUGCAGCUUUCGCGGCAUGCGGCACACUGGGCCAGGAGGCUGCUGCAUAGUCACCUCCUCUUGCUCUGUCAUGCGGACAUGGCCGACGUCCAGUCCAACUGGGUUGCUGGCCUCUUUGCCUCAUUUCAUGUGCUGGAGAAGCUUAUCACGGACCACAGAAUACUACAGAGGUCACCUCCAUUCAUGCCAUCCGUACUGAGCACCCUUGCUGUACGACAGGCGGACCUUGUCGCGGAGAAAUUUUCUGCAUUCGUUUCGGCAGAGGCUAAACGAACGGAAGAGGCAGACAGCCAAGCAGGUGCCGUUCUCAGGGCCUUGGUGCAGCGUGGACAAAGUCUCGUUCUGCAGUAUCUCUUCGCGGCUUCGUGCAGUGUUGCAGUACCUACGGAUAUUUCACCAGGGGGAGGACGAGCGCAAUGGCGUCAUUUCGUCCCUCAACCGUUGGAAACACCCCUGGCGCCCCCUGCAGUGGAAAUGCAGUUCUGGGCUCCCUUCUGGAACCGCCUUUCGGCGAGCGUCGUUUGCCGCGCGACCCAACUGCCCCGAGAAGGCGCGGACACGGAAGUGCUGGCCCUCUGCCCUCCUGAAUUCGCUCGGAGGCUCAUACAGAAAUUUGAUUUGAGUGAGAGCCCACCAGACUUACCACCGCAGGCUGUAGAGGCGUGCAAGCAAAUCCACCAGACACUGCAAACUAGAGUAUCCUUGGCUACAUGGCGAAAUGGUUGGACUUCGGAGGAAACGGGGAGACGACGAAAUUGGGAUGCGUGGGCCGGAGAAGCGUCCAAGUCCAUUGAGAGCUUGGCAUCUGGAGGAUCUCUGGUGAAACUGCACUUGGCUCUGACCCUGAGCCACGUGCUCAGCUCGCUGGAGGCACGCAAGAGAGGAGCCUUACACCCGUGGGAUCCAAAGUUGGCACUUCAAGUUGGAGCUUCCGAUACGCAGCGCAUCUGGACGGCCGUGCAGAACGUCCACGACACGUGCCCGCUGAAGAACGAGAACAGAUGCGACAGGCGCGCCAACAUCGUGUAUGCCGCGGCGCUCGAGGCCUUUGAGAGUUAUAAGGCAUCAGCACCGCAGGAGUUCUACGGUUGCUGUUACUCUGCGAGUCUGGAAGCGUUGCAGUGUGUCCAAAUGCCUAAGAGGCGAUUUGGCUUUGGGCGUCGAUUAGACGAACGCAAGCUAUCUGCCCUUCUCGAGCCCGCAUUUUGUAGCGUGCUCAAUCCUGCACUGGACGCUUCUCGUACAUUGCCCCAGCCAGCAGCAACUACCUGUGCGAGGCUUACUGUCAAGGCAUUUGUUCACGCGUGGCUUCAACGAAUACGUGCUGCCCCUCGGAGUGGAGUUCCUCCUGAAUGGGGCACGGAGUCGCUCUUGGACCACAUAGCGACCUUGGACCUGCCACCGGAAACUGAAUUAGCCUUGGCAAACUCGGUGAACACGGCCUGCCCGCAAAAGCUGCAAACUAGCGAGCAUUCUAGAAGAAUUCCAGGGAUGUCGAAUCGCGUGGCUCCCAUGGAUGAAGCAGACAUGUCUGAGAAACUUGUACCAAGUUACACGAAGAUGGGACGAGGCGCAAGCUAGACUGUGAAGCACGACAACGGAGGAAUGCCCCGAGGCAAUUGACGAAGAAUACGACGAUGCAACAAAAGUUCUCCGACACAGAACUGAAUUAAAACUUUUGUACCAAGUUAUUGCUCUGAGUGGCAUACAGGGUUAAUACCACUUUAAAUGCUUACACUCACAGUUGUAAAUACUAAUGAACUCUCGCCAUCUUCAUGAAGAGCAUUAUUUGUGUAGUUGUCGCAACGAGCA